CCUAACAUUGGAUAACUUUAAUGUAACCUGUGAUGAACUGAAUAUUUGUGCUGUGAGGGGAGAACCGGUGAUGGUGAGGUGCCAUUACUCAAACAUCAACAUCAAAACUGGGUUCUGGUUCAGUCAGAAACAGAGAACAAACUGGAGAAACAAAGAUGAACCUGAAGAUUUGACUUUAGAUUCAGAUUACUCAGGACGAGUGAAGCAGUGGAUCACUGAAGAUCACUCGUAUCUCAUAAUAUCAGAUCUGAGAGAGAGCGACAGUGGAGAAUAUCAGCUCAUGUUCAUUAUGAAGGAUGGAGUUAAACAUCUCAGCUCAGUCACAGUCAAUCUAACAGUUUCAGUUUUACAGGUAAAGAUGAAUCUGGAAUCUACAGGACAGCGAGUAAAACUGAGCUGUGAUUCCUCCUGCCCUUUAACAUAUAAAUAUGAUUACCGCUGGUUCAAGAAUGGAGAAUAUUUUACAUACGGCCAAAGCAUAUUUGUGUCAUCCAGUGAAAACACUGACAGUUAUUCCUGCACUGAGUCUGUUUCAGUUCCCUCUUCAUCUGUGUGUCUUUCUAACAGUAGCUGUUGGGGUGUGACUUACACCUCUACAAGAGUUUGUGCUUUAGAGGGAUCAACAGUAGAUAUUCACUCUUCAUACUCACAUCCCACUGGAGAUACAGUAAAUAAAACAUACUGGCAUUACCGUUAUGAUUGGGAAUUCAGAGAUCUGCAUGAUGUUCAGUUUUCUGGUCGUGUGGAGUUUGUGGGAAACACACUGAGAAUCAAAGACGUCAACACAAUUGACACUGGAAUAUAUCGAUUCAGCAUCAUCACUAACACAUCAGAUGAAGUUUCUGGUUAUCCUGGAGUCCAUCUUACUGUUACAGAUACACGAGUGAUAAGCAGUCCAGACCCUGUGAUAGAUGGAGAAAAAGUGAUAUUAAGCUGUUCAACCGGAUGCCCUCUGGAUAACAAACAUACUUACAUCUGGUAUAAGAAUGGACAACAUGUAACAGAUGGAUUGACAUUAUUAAACAAGCUGUACCUGGACUCAAUCAACAGUGAGGAGCUACAAGAGUAUUCCUGUACUGUAAGAGAUUCAAUGGACAAAACCACUAAAACAACUGUCAGAAACAAUGAAGAAAUGGACAAAACCACUAAAACAACUGUCAGAAACAAUGAAGAAGCCGACAGUUUAGUGUAAAUAAUCUAAUAUUCAAAUAGAUUAAUUAUUCAUUGAAGUAUUGAGUUUAUCAUUCAACAGUCUUGUGUCAGUGUCAGAUCAACUGUAACAUCACAAUACAUAAAUCCUGUAAAAACUUUGCUAUAGUGCAUCUUUAUGUAGAUGAUACUGUGAUCUACUUUCAUCUUCACUGUCAGGCUAUUAUUAUAUAAACUUUGGGGACAUUAUUUACAUGCAUGUUGCUUUCACUGCAGUUUAGACACUGACUGUGUAUCAUAGCUCUUUAUGUUUUAUAAUUCAUUGUCAUUGUUGUAUAUUUUAUAAUACAGUCUUUUGGUUUCAUUAAGUUU